AUGAAGAAUGGCAUGAUUGCAUUCCGAAUGAAGAAUAAAGUUUGUUUCAAUUGUGGUCAAGAUCGCAACAUUAAUCAAUGUGCUAACGAAACCUCCGUUGCUUUAGUCCCAUGCACUAAAAUUGCUUCUUUGUCCGUUGAAAUUGAAAGAACAUUUUCGGGUGCUAAGUUGUUGGUUACCGACAACAGAUCAAAUUUGGGUUGGGAAAGAAUAGAACAAUGUGUGUUAAUAAGGGAAUGGGCAAACAUUUCAAGAGUAGAUAUUGUCGAAAACUCUGUCAUUUAUAAUUAUUCAAAUAUUUCAAAAAUAGUAUGA